AUGCGCGGCUUGUUCGUUACCGUCGUCCUUGGCGUCUUCUUCUUGUUGCUGCCAAUGACGACUAGGCAAGAAGCCAGGAGGAGGAAAGGGGAGUUGCCCCCGCUGAUCAAGGAAAGGCUGCCUUUUGUGGAAGGGAAAGGAGGAAGCUGGCGAUUACCUCCUUCGUGGCUGGCGGACCUCGCAACAAUGCCACUGCCCUCGAACAUUACACUAAACCCAUCCAACAUAAGGGAAGCAGUGUCGCUGGCCGUCUUCCUCUCUAGCGGCAAACCAGAGCGCCACAUACCUCACACCGAUAUCCCACUUAUAGUGCAUCAGACCUGGAAGACAACAAAGCCGGAAACCUGGCCCAGCAACAUGCUCGAAUGUGUAGAGGCGUGGUUGUGGGCCGCGGAGCCGCCAGCAACCAAUGCCCAUGAGUGGCCCAACCUGAGGGUGAAGGAUAGCCCGUGGGAUUGGUCCGAUGGCGUGGAUACGGCGUUCUUUUUGUGGGAUGACGAUGGGAUGGAGGAGACGGUUACGAGCUUGUGGCCGGAGGGGCUGGAGAUGUACAAGACUCUGCCGGCAAACGUGAUGAGGGCAGACACUUUCCGGGUUCUGGUGGUCAGACUUUUUGGAGGAGUAUAUGCCGACACCGAUACCAAACCUUUGCGGCGGCCUUCGCGCUGGGUCAGCGAAACGGAUAUCACUCCUUGGACUGAUGACGUGGGUCAGGCACAUGCAGGGUUGGGUGACAACCGAAUCAGGUUACUGGUCGGGAUCGAGGCGGACACACCGCCGGACUCCGAUGCAUAUUGGCGCAUGGGUUACGGGCACCCUGUCGAGCUUCUACAAUGGGCAUUAGCAGGCGCAGCGGGCCAUCCAAGCUUGAUCGAGAUGGUAGAGAGCAUUCGACUUGCGGCGGGAGAAAUGGCGAAGGAGGGCACAUUGGCCAAAGCGGAUGCGUUGCAGUUGACGGGACCGUUCCGAUGGACGGACGUUGUGCAGGGUUACUUGGCGCAGGAACCGGGUUUCGAAUGGAACUCGCUUACUGGGUUGAAGGACGGAGGACGGUCGAAGGUGGUCCGUGAUGUCCUGGUGUUGCCAGUUACGGGAUUCAGUCCUGGCCGGUCUUCUGUUUUCGGCAAUAUGGGCAGCAAACCAGUGAGCGACCCUGACGCUCGAUUGCUCCAUCAAGCGCAAGGAACGUGGAAGCACACGUCUGCCAAAGUAGAAGUCGGCAAGCUCUGCAGAACACUGCUUGGCCUAUGCAGAGACUGGCCCACAGUUGCAUGA